AUGUUUUUUAAGAAUGAUUCGAACGGUGGCAAUAAAGAGAACGCAUACAACGGCACCACACAAGCACAGCUCACUGAAAUGCCAAGUAACUCGUGGUGGACACACCUUGUGGCGGGUGGUACAGCCGGAGCUGUGUCCAGGACAUGCACUGCGCCGUUGGAUCGUCUUAAAACCAUUCAGCAGGUCUACGGCAACCAAUAUCCGGACAUGGUAACGUGUUUCCGCAGCAUGCUCAAAGAGGGCGGUACCUACGGGCUGUGGAGAGGUAACGGGAUCAACGUGAUGAAGGUAGUGCCCGAGACGGCGUUUAAGUUUUUGGUGUUCGACAAAGUGAAAAAAUCAAUGCGGGGAUCAAGACAGACGGACCUGUCCAUAGGCGACCGGUUCGUGGCCGGUUCCAUUGCCGGCGGUGUGAGCCAGUCCGGUAUUUACCCGUUGGAUGUGCUCAAGACGAGAUUGGCCAUCAGCAAGAGCAACGAGCACAAAGGAUUUGUGGACUGCGCUAAGAAAAUGUAUCACCGCGAAGGUGUGCGCAGUUUUUACCGAGGCUUCGUGCCGAGCCUGAUGGGCGUCUUACUGUAUGCCGGCAUAGACCUGGCCGUGUAUGAAACAAUCAAAAAUAAAUAUUCAAACGGCAGUAAGCCGAACACCCUGUUGACUUUGGCAAGCGGCGCGUUAUCCAGUUCGUGUGCGCAACUCUGCGCCUAUCCGUUGAUGUUGGUGAGAACUUGCAUUCAAGCACCGCAGUUAGAAAGAGUCCCGGACAAACGCACUAUGAUUUCGGUGGUAAAACACAUUUUGAAUAAAGAUGGCGUGCCAGGGCUGUACCGCGGUGUAGUACCAAACUUUUUAAAAGUAGUUCCGGCCGUUAGUAUAAGUUAUUUGGUUUAUGAAACGUGUCGUGACACAUUAGGAUUAAUUAAAUCAUAA